ACGGCCCAAACCCAAAAGAAAUCCCAAAUCAACAGUUCCGGGCGCGUGUGAAUCUGAUUGCCAUUAGAAUUUGGAAAGCCCUAGUCCAUUGAUAACUGCUCUGAGAAAGAAGAGAGAGGGGUUUUGCUGCCACUUUUGGAGUUUACAGAGAUUUACAGAGGAAGAAAGGAAAAUGGAGGGAGGAGGUGGUGGAGAAGAAGGGAUGAUAGAGAGUAGAGAGGACUCCAAGGACUUGCAGCAGCAGAGCAAAGCCCUCGACAAGCUCACCGACCAUGUCGAAGACCGUCAGCUCGAUUCCACUCGCGUUCAAGAGGCUAUGGCAUCAAUUUCUGCAGCUAAGGAGGCUGAUUUGAAUGCUAUGCGAAUGAGGGAGAAAGAAUUGGCAGCAGUUAAGAUAAAUGCAGCUGAAGUUGACAUAAUUGCGAUCGAACUAGAGCUGGACAAGAAGGUGGCUGAAAGAACUUUACGGGAGCACAAAGGUGAUGCCGUUGCUGCCAUUCGGUACUUGCUUCGCUAGAAAAGCCUUUCAACCCUGGAAGUGUCAAGGUUUCCUUGUCAGUUUCCACCUAUCAAGUCCACCACAUUGCUUUUCCUUGUCUGAAGAAAUGGAAAAGUGUAAAUGCUUAUUUCACUUGCAACAACUUCCGACCAUGCCAAUGGGCUAUAUGAUGUUUGCUAAACAUUUCUGUUCUCCUCAUAUGUGUAGUGAAUUGAAUGGAAAUGAUAUGAGCUUCUUACCUCUGUUUCAGAGAUAAAUUGGAAAAAUAUUCUGAUUAA